AGCCAGCAGCUGUACGGUUGUGGUGUGUGCGAGCGAGACAGCGCGCCCGUGUUUAUGCAGCCAUCGUCAGUGCGUAGAGUGCGCGCCCUUCAGUACGGUGGUAUUCGUAUGCAGCAUCGGACGCAGUGUGCCUACACCGUCUCGGCAGCAGCAGCAGCAGCAGCAGCAAAAGCAACAGCAACAGCAGCUAGUGUGAAAAUAGGGAAAGCGCACAGCUCGUCUAUGCUCCGUCUACGCAUGCAGAGGGCCACCUAUGUUGACACCGCGUAGAGCACACUUAACUUACCCUUCGUGCUAAGGGCUGCGAGAGAAAGAGAGAGAUCGAGCGAGAGAGAGCGAGCAAGAGAGCAAGACACAGACACACUCAGCGCCAUCCUGCCUAAGCACAGAAGAUGUCCGAACAGUGAGAAUUCACGGCAACGACCACCACCACCACCACCACCACUGCCCCUUUUCCCAGCAACUCCCUACCCCUCCCUCCCCAGUCUUUCGUGCGUGUGCGUGGGUGUGAGUGUGUGUUGUCUACGCAGCUCCGGAUCCGGAACGAGUGUGUGCCCGAACGAGGCGGACGCGACUGCCCCGGAAGAAGAACAACUCUCCCUCCCCCCCCACAACAACAACAACAACAAAACCACUUCUUCCGAAUGCAUACGGCGCAGUUACGCAGAGUCUAGUUGUGAUCUCAUUCCCUACAUCGACAACGUCAACUCCCUGCAACACUAGCUGCUAGCAGCGCUAUUGCGACCCGAGAGCUUUAGCAUCGUUCGUGAAGGUUCGUCGCUUCCACAAAACCGGAACAACCUGCCGCUUCUCCUCCUCCUCCUCCCCUUUCCACCAAGAAAAAAAAACACGCACACUUACAAUCAACCCCGACGCGUACUCGCGGAAAAAAAAGCAACGGUGCAACCAUGUCGUCCAGCUGCUGCGGCACCAAGAAGCAGAAGCUCAACGGUAACUACUCGUCGGCCAACGGGUACAGCACGACCGGCACGAACAAUGCGGGGCCGCAGCGCAACGGCAUCGCCGACGCUGGCGGCGCCACCCAGAACAAUCACAACAGCUAUCACGGCCGGGGAGGAGGCCCUGCUGGCCAGCAGUCCCAGCAGCAGCAGCAGCACCAGCAACAUCAACAGCAGUUGUCCUCGUCCUCGUCGUCGUCGUCGUCGUCCUCGUCGGGGUACAACGGCUACAUGGUGAACGGGCACGGCAAUCACCAUCUGUCCCAGCAGCAGUCGUCGAUGAUCGGCUCGAUGCCGGACAUGUGCUUCUACUGCUUCGAGGUGCUGUACCGCGAGCUGCACAACCUCGAGGAACCACGCACGCCGUGCUUUACCAACGAUCCGUUUCCAUUGUUCGUGACAUGGAAAAUCGGCAAGGACAAGCGGCUGCGCGGCUGUAUCGGUACCUUCAGCGCAAUGCGUUUACAUUCAGGACUUCGCGAGUAUGCAAUAACAAGUGCUUUAAGAGACUCCCGUUUCUCGCCAAUCACCCGUGAUGAGAUCCAAAGACUGACCGUCUCGGUGUCAAUCCUGCAAGGCUUCGAGGAGGCGCGCGGUUACCUGGACUGGACGCUCGGCAUACACGGCAUCCGCAUCGAGUUCUACAAUGAGCGUGGCUCGAAGCGCACCGCGACCUACCUGCCCCAGGUUGCGACGGAGCAAGGCUGGGACCAGACGCAGACGAUCGAUUCGCUGCUGCGGAAGGGCGGCUACCGGGCCCAGAUCACGCCCGAGACGCGCCGCUCGAUCAAGCUGACCCGCUACACCUCGCAGGAGUGCCAGAUGUCGUACAGCGAGUAUCGCGAACUGCUCGAGAAGCAAUCUCACUACCACGGCCAGCUGUGUAAGAUGCAGUGCUAACGGCAUCGCCCGACCGGCGGCACCGCGACGACCGCCCCACGCCCUUGCCAUCGCUGCCCACCCUCCUCCUCCUCCCCGUCCCCGUCCCUGCCACUGCUAGCUGGUGCGGCCUCCUCCACCCUGUCCCCGCUUCCCGGCGCGCAUGGCAAGCCGUGCCGGUACUCACCGCUCCAUCCGCGCUUCGUGACGCUACUCUUAAUACGCAUUAUCACAUUUGUUUUAGGAUAGGCCAUUUGCUUUAAAAAACAAACAAUCACACUGCGCACGGCCUUUGCGGUGUCGCAUCUUUAUGCUUAACCUGUUGCAGCCGUUGCCGUGUGCUGCCCGAACGAAACCCUGCGCUCCCAGCGCUAAGAAACACACACACACGAGGAUGGACGAAAGCGGAAGAAACUCGAAAAAUCUUAUUACACGUUAAAAUUAAAAUUACUAAACACUCUCUCCCUGCUACACACAGACACUAACAAACCACGGGGUUUGGAGCAUGGAAUAUACCUAGACUAUAUUAUUGUUAAGCUUUAGGUUGCGCUGUGUGUGUGUUUUUUGCUGUGCUUCCGCGUUUGCGUUUCGUUUUCACAGUUUGUUUUCCCCCCCGCUGCGGUAUCUCUAAAACCUUCUUAACGUUUCGUCUCGUUACGCUCUUGAUGGCGGUAGCAAAUAGGGUUUGCUUUUUUUCUUCGUCUUUCACUACUGUUUCGUUGCACAACGAACUAAUUAAUUUCCAACUACCAACAGCGUGUCGUGUGGCAUACACUGCGACCGCCAGGAGCUAAUGGGGGCAGUAGAUGGAUUGUUAAUGUUAGUACAGUUUAAUAAUGAUAUAGUUUGUUUUUUUUUUUUCUUUCCUUAAAAUCCCUUCGUCCCUAGCUGUUAAGGUACGGUGAGCGGAGGUGCGAGUCAAGCAUUCGCAUUCGCAUCGCGUAAUUGUAACCCGUUCAGAGAUAAUGAGAGGUACGCUGGCCACCCGUUAGCCGCAGCAGCAAUACGCCAAACACUGCGGGGCCUGCGAGGGCAGUAGAGUAAUGCACUCGCAGCAUCAACAGCAAACAAACAAAAACCGCCCAAAACAGAAGCCGGUGAUGCAAAUCAAGGUGCAAAAAGCGCAAAAGAAGGGAGAAAUGCGCACACUAAUACGGGCAGGUUUUGUUUGUGCGCGCGUGUGUAUGUCUUUUAUUUUAAUUUGUUGGAUUGUUUUUUUUUUUAUCUUUUUCCAAAACGGGCUGAAGGUUUAGGAGUAGUAUCAGCCCAAAAACGGGAAAAAGCAAAAAAGCAAGAACACACAGCUCCUUUCCCAGCGUGCCGCUGCAUGGCGCAAGCCAAUAUUAAUAAUUCAAGAAAUAACCAUGUUUAGUACAGGAAACGGAAGAGUAGACCGAAAGCAGAUGCUAAACGGUUGAGCAAAACAAAAUAACACAAACACAAACAAAUGCAAUGAAAUGUUGAACCAACAGAGAGAGAGGAAUGGCAAACGAAAACAGUGAAAAGAAGGGAAAAAACGAAGCAAAACAACAACAAAAAGAUGUUAUACUAUAUAUUAGACAUAUGUUUAUAUUUUUUCCUCUGAUAGGAUGCGAUACACUUUAAAAACGAAGAAGAAGAAGAAGAAGAAGAAGAAUAAGGUAACAGAAUGUAAGAGAAAGCACAGGAAAGAGAUGGAGGGGGAGAGAGAGAAAGGGGAAAACAUGCAGGUGAUAAUGUGAUUGCACUUCACUGCCACAUUACUUUAACAUAAGCAAACAGCGGAAGGGAGAAGAUUACGUGAGAGGAAAAGGCUAUUGAAGCAGAGCACCCCUAUCACCCUCUCCACUCAGCCCACCUUUGCUCCCCCGCCGGUUCCACUCAUCCUCCACUGGAAUUAAAUCCCCUCCCCAGGAAGAGGUCGCGCGCGUGCCCGCGGAGGCUGCUGCUAAAUGCGCAGCUUUUAGCGAAUCUGAUCCGCUCGCCACACAUACACUUCAAGCACGGAGAGAGAGAGACAGGAGGGUGUGUUUGUGUGUAUGUGUGCGAGUGCGGGUUGUACAAAAUAUGCGCACGUACGUAGUUUUGCAUUUGUAACACAAACGGGGCGGGCAGCUUCCGACGGCCUGCGAGAACAGAGCGCUUGGAAGGGUAUGGAUGCAAGGAAAGAAGGAGUAGCGGGGGAGGGAGUGUGUCGCGUUCAGAGCAGGGGAGAGGGUAUGGGGCGCGUUCGAGAGCGGCGUGAAGAAAGAAUUUCCCUGCAAACUCAAAUUCCAAUUCCAAUAUAAACAAAACAAAA